AUGGCACCCCUGACAUGUUCUACUGCGCUAGUUAUUCUCAUUUUUCUCAUAAGUGACAUGCACUCGCAAGUUGCCACCUCAGAAUAUGGCGGUUGGCAGGGUGGUCACGCCACUUUCUAUGGCGGCGGUGAUGCUUCUGGCACAAUGGGAGGUGCAUGUGGUUAUGGGAACUUGUACAGUCAAGGAUAUGGAACUAACACUGCAGCUCUAAGCACAGCUUUGUUCAACAAUGGCUUGAGCUGUGGGGGUUGUUAUGAAAUGAAGUGUGCUGAUGACCCAAGAUGGUGCAAGCCUGGCACCAUUGUUGUUACUGCUACAAACUUUUGUCCACCAAACUUGGCUUUGCCCAAUAAUAAUGGUGGUUGGUGCAACCCUCCUCUGCAACACUUUGAUAUGGCAGAACCAGCCUUCCUGCAAAUUGCUCAAUAUAAAGCUGGAAUUGUGCCUGUUGCAUUUAGAAGAGUGCCUUGUGUUAAAAAGGGAGGAAUGAGGUUCACCAUAAAUGGCCACUCUUACUUCAACCUGGUUUUGAUCACCAACGUCGCGGAUGCAGGAGACGUCCAUGCACUGUCCAUCAAAGGUUCCAAAACUGGCUGGCAAACAAUGUCAAGGAACUGGGGCCAAAACUGGCAGAGCAAUUCCUACAUCAAUGGACAAAGCCUCUCUUUCCAAGUCACCACCAGUGACGGUAAAACUCUAACAAGCAACAACGUGGCACCAUCUAACUGGCAGUUUGGUCAGACCUUCCAAGGGGGUCAGUUUUAG